AUGGCAAAAAGUCACGGAAGCAUGGAACCCAACGAGAAGACAUUGAACCGAAGAAGGGAGGCGGGGGAUGGUUUCCGUGCCGCGUAUUUGCGCACCAUCACCAGUCGGAGCCAUGAUUUCUUCUCCGCUCCUACUCACGAGGACUACUACGCAGAGUACUUAUUCAUAGAAAGCUGGGCUAAGACCGUGAGUGAUGGCAUGCUCUGCGGCAAUCUCGACGGUCUUCACCACAUCACAUCAGCCAUGUCAUCCAACAACGAAUCCAGUUAUCACAUUGGGUUCAAAAAGGGGACUAUCAAACUGUUUGAGCUACGUAAUGUCUCGACGUGUUUACAGUACCUCCUUCCAACUCUCAAGUCGCAGCCACCAACUUUCUCACUCUUGGAUGUCGGCUGCGGCCCAGGCAGCAUCACGUUAGACCUGGCGCGCCGCUUCCCUCAGGCCAAAAUCAUCGGCGUUGACCAGAGCGCCGAGGUGACAGAUCGUAACCGUGCCAGUGUUGAAGCACUCGCUCCUAAUACUCGCGUUGAGUUUCGCCAAGGCGAUGUUCUCAAGCCGGAGACGUUUCUCACUCCAGAAGAGAUGCAGACCAAGUUCGACGUGGUCCACGAGCAUACGACGCUCAUCUGCAUUCCCGAGAAUGCGCCGGUACUCAAGAAGAUGCGAACGCUGGCUAAGCCCAACGGCGGCAUCGUCGCCUGCCGCGACGGUGACACCCAGUCACAGGUGCUAUGGCCGCCGUGUCCGGAGAACGCGGAGCUUCAAGAACGCAUCUACCGGAUGAACGGGCUUGAGACGCAGACCGGCCGCCAGCUGAUUCAUAAGGCCUUGGCUGCUGGCUUUCGGAGGGACCAAAUCACGGCAUCAGCCAGCGUGUUGUCAAACAUCACGCCGGAGGAGAGGUUCGCGUACGCAGGUUCGAUGCUCGAUAUUCUCGCGGAUGAGAAUUCUGAGUAUCGUCAGGCUGCCGCCAAGUUCGGAUACACAGCGGAACAGAUCGAUGUGCUGCGCGCUAACAUGCAGCGAUUCAUAAAUGCCGAGGACGGCUGGAGACUUCUAAUAUGUACGGAAAUCAUCUGUCGGCUGGAUGAAGUAUGA